AUGAGAGAGAUCAUCAGCAUCCACAUCGGCCAGGCCGGGAUCCAGGUCGGCAACGCCUGCUGGGAGCUCUACUGCCUCGAGCACGGCAUCGAGCCCGAUGGCACCAUGCCCAGUGAUACCUCGGUUGGCGUCGCACAUGAUGCCUUCAACACCUUCUUCAGUGAGACCGGUUCUGGCAAGCAUGUGCCGAGGGCCAUCUUUGUCGACCUUGAGCCCACUGUCAUCGAUGAGGUGCGCACUGGCUCGUACCGCCAGCUCUUCCACCCAGAGCAGCUCAUCUCUGGGAAGGAGGAUGCGGCUAACAACUUUGCCCGUGGCCACUACACUGUUGGGAAGGAGAUUGUCGAUCUAUGCCUCGAUCGUGUGCGCAAGCUAGCAGAUAAUUGCACUGGGCUGCAGGGAUUCUUGGUGUUCAAUGCUGUUGGUGGUGGUACUGGCUCUGGACUUGGUUCGCUGCUGUUGGAGCGCCUCUCAGUUGAUUAUGGCAAGAAGUCCAAGCUCGGGUUCACCAUUUAUCCUUCCCCACAGGUGUCAACAGCUGUUGUAGAGCCAUACAACAGUGUCCUCUCGACCCACUCCUUGCUUGAGCACACAGAUGUUGCAGUCCUCCUGGACAAUGAGGCUAUCUAUGACAUAUGCCGGAGGUCCCUUGACAUUGAAAGGCCAACCUACACCAACUUGAACAGGCUGAUCUCACAGAUCAUAUCUUCGCUUACCACCUCCCUGAGGUUUGAUGGUGCUAUCAACGUGGAUGUUACGGAGUUCCAGACCAACCUUGUUCCAUACCCACGUAUCCAUUUCAUGCUUUCAUCAUAUGCCCCCGUUAUCUCUGCCGAGAAGGCCUACCAUGAGCAGCUCUCUGUGCCUGAAAUCACUAAUGCUGUCUUCGAGCCCUCAAGCAUGAUGGCCAAGUGUGACCCAAGGCAUGGGAAGUACAUGGCUUGCUGCUUGAUGUACCGUGGUGAUGUAGUUCCUAAGGAUGUCAAUGCUGCAGUUGCAACCAUCAAGACCAAGAGAACUGUCCAGUUUGUGGACUGGUGCCCCACCGGAUUCAAGUGUGGCAUCAACUACCAGCCACCCUCUGUUGUCCCUGGAGGCGACCUGGCAAAGGUCCAGCGUGCCGUGUGCAUGAUCAGCAACAACACAGCCGUCGCAGAGGUGUUCUCUCGCAUCGACCACAAGUUCGACCUGAUGUAUGCCAAGCGUGCGUUCGUGCACUGGUACGUCGGUGAGGGUAUGGAGGAAGGCGAGUUCUCGGAGGCCCGUGAGGACUUGGCUGCCCUUGAGAAGGACUACGAGGAGGUCGGAGCGGAGGGCGCGGAUGACGAAGGGGACGAGGGAGAAGACUAUUGAGUAGCUGGUUAAUAAGUAGUUCGUGGGUGGUUAAUGGUUUGGGUUGUCGAGUAUACUCUGCAUGGUUCCAUUCCAUUGCGUACUGCUGCCGUGUGUGUUUCCAUUUUGUAUUAUGUGGUAAAUUGUUCGUAGCCCCGGUUGGCCAUGAUUGUUCAUAUCGUCUUGCUUUGGUUUGCAAUGCUAUUCGUCCAAGUUCGGUGUAUA